AUGCCAUCCUCAGUAUGGUGAACAUUGCUGCUAAUAUGCUCGGAGCCAAAACUGAAGAGUCAACUGAAGCAGAAGCAGGGAACAAGAGCGUGUCUGAAAAUGUCACUGCCACUCCUGCAACUUCAACAGCUGCACCGAGACUGCCGGAACCAACGCCUGUUCCUUCACCAGAACUUGUUACUACAGAUAUUCCACAGAUAGAUAAAGAGCAAGUGGUGGUGGAUUUGACUAAAGAAAGUCCUAUUGUUCAGCUUGUACAAGAGUAUGAAGAAGAUACAAGCCAGUCCACAGUAACCUUGCUGUCCAGUGAUGAUCAGGAAGAAGAAUCAUCGACCUGGUUUGAGCUGGAGACAGAGCAGUACUGCUGUGACAUGGCAGCAGUGUGCUGCAUUUCCACCUUUUCGGAAUACCUGUUCAAGUGGUGCUCGGUGGCAGCGGCCCUGCACCGGCAGCACAGUAAAACUGGAGGCAAGGAAGGGCCAGCCCACCCUGCUGAUGUGCAGCAGCCACAGGCAGCUCUGACCGAGUCUGUCCCUGUGUCAAUAGAUGAGCCUCCGCCUGAGCAACUGGACAGCAAAGCUGAGAGACCAUCUGGGUCUACUGCUACGGUUGUCUUGAGCAGUGCGGUCCCUGAGGAGAUCAGUAACGAGACCACAGAGUCGAUUGAACUGGAGCCCAGCCAUCCUCAAACUGUCUCUCAGUCCCUCCUCUUGGAAGUUACUUCUCAAGUUAAGCCAUCACCCACAACAGACGUGGUGUUGGAGCCUGCAAAAGAAGAUGCAGGCCAGGUGGCACUGAAGGGGACUCCCCAGGUGGAGGUACCUGAGGUCAGCGCUGAAAUGGAACAGGCUGAGAGCUCGGUUGUAGAAGAAAGCCCUGUAGCUUCUGAGACCAGUGUGGUCACUGAGGUAAAGGAGAUGAGCACAAGGGAGACUGUGGCUACUCCAGUGAUUUCUAAGCCUACAAAGACUGUUCCGCAGCCUGAAAAUACAGUGGAUGUAGUAACCAGUGUUGCUGGGGAAGGAAAGGAGAGCACUCCAGAAGCGCAGAAACCCAUUUUGCCUCCUGUCGAAUCUUCUGUGCCCGUCGAAACAAAGGAGGACGAUCAGGCAGCUGAAGAAGCUUUAAUGGCGAUUCCAGUCUCGGGGGGACCACAGAGAACAGCGACAGACUUCUAUGCUGAACUUCAGAAUUCAACAGAUCUGGGCUAUGCUAAUGGCAACCUUGUUCAUGGAUCCAACCAGAAGGAGUCCGUCUUCAUGCGCUUGAAUAAUCGCAUAAAGGCCCUGGAAGUCAACAUGUCUCUCAGCAGCCGGUACUUGGAAGAGCUCAGUCAGAGGUACCGAAAGCAAAUGGAAGAAAUGCAGAAGGCUUUCAAUAAAACAAUAAUAAAACUUCAGAACACCUCAAGGAUAGCAGAAGAGCAGGACCAGCGUCAGACAGAAGCAAUCCAGCUGUUACAAGCACAGCUCACCAACAUGACCCAGCUGGCUUCUAAUCUGUCAGCGACUGUGGCCGAGCUCAAACGGGAGGUUUCUGAUCGACAGACUUACCUGGUGAUUUCACUGGUUCUUUGUCUCAUCCUGGGCUUGGUGCUUUUUGUGCAGCGGUGCAGGAGCCCUUCUCAGUUCUGUGACGAUUACCUCUCAAAGAUUCCCAAAAGCAAUCACUACCCUAGCCCCAAAAGGUGUUUUUCCUCCUAUGAUGAUAUGAAUUUGAAAAGAAGAACUUCUCUUCCACUGGUCAGAUCACAGUCUUUUCAGCUAGCUGGUAAAGAAGUGGAUCCAGAGGAUCUGUACAUUGUAGAACCUCUGAAGUUUUCCCCAGAGAAGAAGAAAAAACGUUGCAAAUACAAAAGUGAAAAGCCAGAGACUGUUAAGCCGACAACGGAGCCUGUGCAUCCCAUAGCCAACGGGGAACUCAAAGGAAGGAAGCCCUUCACAAACCAGAGGGACUUCUCUAACAUUGGGGAGGUUUAUCACUCGUCCUAUAAGGGCCCUCCAUCCGAGGGAAGCUCCGAAACGUCAUCGCAGUCUGAGGAGUCCUAUUUUUGUGGCAUUUCAGCGUGUACGAGUCUGUGCAAUGGACAGACCCAAAAGACAAAAACUGAGAAGAGGGCCAUAAAGCGAAGACGGUCGAAAGUGUCAGACCAAGGGAAGCUCAUAAAAACUCUAAUACAGACUAAGUCGGGGUCAAUGCCAAGCCUGCAUGACAUAAUCAAAGGAAACAAAGAUAUUACAGUGGGAACACUUGGUGUCACAACAGUGUCUGGACACAUCUAAAACUAGCUGAACUUCUCAAACAGGAGAGUGUUUGUUCGUUUGAGAACAGUCUGUGGUAUUCUGUGGGAGGAUAAUGGGAGACAAAGAGCUCAACUAAUUGGAAAGUAUUCAGAAAUUUGGUUUCUGCCUUUUUAAAUAGAUGGGAUUGUGUCAAUCUUGGCUAUAAGCUGCAGCUUUACGAGGCUGAUAAUUUCCUAUGAGAACAGCUUGGGGGGAGGGCAGGGUUCAUUUUAUAAAGGUUUUUUUUCACAGUUCCUGGGACAGAGAUUUUUUGAAACCCAGUUUGUUGGGUGGAAUAGGGAUAAAAGCCUAAUCCUCUUCCUUUAGCUUUGUUCCUAUUUCUUGCACCUUCCCAUAUUUAUGUGCCUUUUGUCUAUUUAUAAUGCCACUGGAAGAGGGGAGAUUACAAUUGUUUGUCAUUUGAUUUAUUUUGUAAUUUCUCUAGCUUUUUUUGAAGAUGCAACACUACAGUGCUGUAAAGGGACACGUGUUGGCCUUCAGCUGGACUCGGUAAUGUGGACUGGAUACUGUAAAAAUACCAAUAGAUGGACUUGCCUGACUAGAUUCUGGGUUUGCAAACUCUGAGGAAAAUAUGUCACCAGGGUCGGUAACUGUGUUUAGUUGCACCUUCAGUCACAAAUGUGAGCUGCAGUCUGUGCAGAAUCGGUGACGGUGGCUCUCCAGGACUUCCCGCGUGCAGUGGAACCUGAGGCUGAUGAACGUGUUUGCCGUGUCAGUGGCCUGCUGCAGUUCUCUGAAGGAGGUGGAUGAAGAAUGCUCACUGCUGCUGUGCUGAGUUCAGUGAGAGCUCAGCUGAGGAACGGGAGGGUGAGCUUGGUUUGGUGCAGCCGGGCCCUUCUCCGAGCCGGCUCUGGGUGUGUUGAGUUUGCAAAGCCUGCGGGUCUGAGCAGUCGGGCUGGUUCACUGCGGGUGUUCCCAGAACGUUUGCUUUUGUAUUGGCUAACAAAUGUGCAGUGUUGGUAUGGUUGGUAUUUCAUAUUCAAGUGUUUUUUUUUUUUAUUUUGACUGUGAUUGUAUAUUUGGAUACUAUAGGAUGUGUGGUUGCUAAAAUGUUGAGUGUGAUUCUGAAUGAGUGGAACAAAAGGUUAUUCCUUUUGACAGGUGUUACAGGUUCACGUUGUACAAAAUAAGUUAACUUAUUGAGCACUUUUAGUGGUACCCUUUUUAACAGAUCUAAUGCCUUUCCUGGGUAUUGUAUGUAAUGUGACUUAUUUAAGGACUUUGGUUUUUUUGCUGCUUUCUUGUUAGUUUUUGAAUACUUUAAAGUGAUGUACUUUCAGAGUUGAUCUGCACAAUUAGCCAGUCAGAGCACAUGAACCAGACGUGUUGAACCUGAAUUCAGAAGGGUGUCAAACCUGGAUUAGGAAAAUACAUACCACCAGAGUGCAGCAUCCAAUGUUGUGGAACAAGAGUAUGUAACUACAGAGCUGUAGUGCCAUUAGAAACUGUGAAUUUCCAAAUAAAUCUGAACACUUUGUCUUUCA